UUGUUCUAUUGUCCUCUACCCUGCGUCAUGUAGGAACCAGACAGAAUGUCGUGAAUGAAUAUCAGAUAUAGGGUGUUCUGCUUUUGACGAUUGUGUCCACGGUACCGGAGAAAACUGACGAUAUUGGAUCUGGAUGAAAGCCUGACGAGACAUUCACGACAAAAUUGAAUAUGGAGACGUCACCAUUACGGGUGAAGGACGGCAAAAUUUAGACCAAUGCUCGGCAUUUACAGUCUUUGAGCAGGGAGGGAUCUUUAUCACCUGCUAUGACACGGGGCACCGGAAUUUGCCUCUUAUAACAAGCAAGGGGUAUCCUAAUGAGGCUCUAUUCUAAUCCGGAUUCAAUAAGAAUGACAACAAAAGUCAAGAGAUCUAUCCCUAUCCCGGUAAAUAUACUGAACUGGUGUUAUAUCACAGUCUUAAUACACGGAAAGUGGCGGAUCCAGCAUUAAGGAAGACGGAGCGAUGAGUGACGUCCCAGGACCCUCCACCGCUCCUUACUUCAGUCCCAAGAAAAAGACGGAGAAUUUCUCCCGCCUCUGUCUGCUCAUCAUGACCAUCUGUAGCGAUUUGUUCAGGGACAUCCUCAGUCGUUACAUCAAACCAGCUGACCUGAGGUUAGAGCUAGAUAACAACAGAACGAAGCUGGAGAAAAUCAUGAACGCUCAGCAAAAGGAACAGAUUUAUCCAUCGUCUGGCACCACUACUCUCACCUCUAAAGAUUUGGAUAUAUCUAUCUUGUACAUCCUUUUAAGGAACAUCUGCAAGAUUCCAAAACAUCAAAAUGGAUGGGGAAACCCCCCACAGGAUACUGACACGCGUCUGGCGGCGUGUAUAGAGCGAAUCAGAAUUCAGAGAAACUUGAUUUCUGCGCACUCAGCCAUUGGCGAAAUAGAAGACACCGUGUUUCAAGACCACUGGGACAAGCUGAAGAACUCAAUACUGGAAAUUGAAAAACAGUUAAUUGGUGGUGAUAUGUAUGAACGGGGAGUAGACGAGUUGCUGUCGUGUGACCUUAAUCCUACUAGAGCGGAGAAGUAUGUGAAAGAAUUCAAAAACAUUCAAGGGCAACUACUGAUUAAAAACGAAAAAAUGGAAAACUUUGAGAGUUCCCUGAGAACAACAAAACAUCGUGUGGCUGUAAAACGAGAAAGAAUGAACAAGUUUGAGAGUACCCUGAGGACAUAUGAAGCUCGCCUGGACAAAUUAGAGGGACGGAUGUCAGCAUACCACAAAAGAAUGAAAAGGUUUGAGAGUACCCAGAGGACACAUGGACGUCCAUCAGCUGCCAAACGAGCUCGCCUGGACAACUUAGAGGGACCGCAGUCAUCAAGCAGUCAGAUUAGGGGUAUUCAUGAAACGAUGACAAUCAUGCAGGGUCCAUCAGCUGCCAAACGAGCUCGCCUGGACAACUUAGAGGGGCCGCAGUCAUCAAGCAGUCAUAUAAGGGGUAUUCAUGAACCGAUGACAAUCAUGCAGGGAAAUGGAGGAGUUACACAGGCUGAUCACAAACAAGACCACGAUAAUGGAAAUGAUGGGCCUAAUGUAUUACACGAAGCCUGCAAGAAUGCUGAGCUACAAACGUGUGAACUUCUUAUCCAAACACACCCCCACCUUCUACACAGUGUAGAUAAUGAUGGAUGGAAUGCUGCUCUAUACGCCGCUAGAGGAGGAAACGUUAAAAUUCUACAACUACUGGCAGAUAAUGAAGUAGACGUCAAACAUAAAGACAAUGAAGACUCAAACAUUCUUCACGUGGCUUGUGUCUACCCUAACUUAGAAAUGAGUCGUUAUAUCAUCCAAGAAUACCCUGACCUUCUACACAGUGUAGAUAAUGGUAGACGGAAUGCUGCACUUUACGCCGCUCGAGGAGGAAACGUUAAAAUUCUACAACUACUGGCAGAUAAUGCAGUAGACGUCAAAUACCAAGCCAAUGACGGCUGGAACAUUCUUAAAGCGGCAUGUCAGUACUCUAAGUUAGAAAUGAGUCGUUAUAUCAUCCAAACAUACCCUGACCCUCUACACAGUGUAGAUAAUGAUGGAUGUAAUGCUGCUCUACACGCCGCUAGAGGAGGAAACGUUAAAAUUCUACAACUACUGGCAGACAAUGAAGUAGACGUCAAACAUAAAAACAAUUACGGCUGGAACAUUCUUACCGUGGCAUGUGUCCACGCUAACUCAGAAAUGAGUCGUUAUAUCAUCCAAACAUACCCCGACCUUCUACACAGUGUAGAUAAUGAUGGAUGUAAUGCUGCUCUACACGCCGCUCGAGGAGGAAACGUUAAAAUUUUACAACUACUGACAGAUAAUGCAGUAGACGUCAAACAUAAAGACAAUGACGGCUGGAACAUUCUUACCGUGGCAUGUGGCAACGCUAACUUAGAAAUGAGUCGUUAUAUCAUCCAAACAUACCCUGACCUUCUAGACAAUGUAGAUAAUGAUGGAUGGAAUGCUGCUCUACACGCCGCUAGAGGAGGAAACGUUAAAAUUCUACAACUACUGGCAGAUAAUGCAGUAGACGUCAAACAUAAAGACAAUGACGGCUGGAACAUUCUUCACUCGGCAUGUCAAUACUCUAAAGUUAGAAAUGAGUCGUUAUAUCAUCCAAACAUACCCCGACCUUCUACACAGUGUAGAUAAUGAUGGAUGUAAUGCUGCUCUACACGCCGCUAGAGGAGGAAACGUUAAAAUUCUACAACUACUGGCAGAUAAUGAAGUAGACGUUAAACAAAAACAAUAAAGGUUGGAACAUUCUUCACGUGGCCUCUUGCAAAGCUAACUUAGAAAUGAGUCGUUAUAUCAUCGAAACAUACCCUGACCUUCUACACAGUGUAGAUAAUGAUAGAAGGAAUGUUGUUAUACAUCCCACUAGUGGAGGAAACGUUAAAAUUCUACAACUACUGACAGAUAAUAAAGUAGAUGUCAGAGCUGAAACUUUCUUCACGAAGUAUGUAAAUCUUCUUUGUUAGAAAUGAGUCGUUAUAUUGUCCAAACAUAUCUUGUCCUUUGAUGCAAUGAUGGAUGGAAUUCUGACAAACAAGUUCAUUAUAAAGGGGUUUAAACAUUCUCGUUUAAAGUCAACCGUUCGCAAAUUCUAUGGUCGUUAUAACGAUCUCGUUUGCCAAUACAACUUGUCACCGGUCGACAAGGGAUGCCUUAUGCAACCGAUCUGGCCUAAUUGCAACACAUACAGAAUACAGCGACACAUAAGAAUGUCCUACCAGAAGGAGGGAACAUAUAACACCCAUUCCUUAGUCUCUACACUAUUUUCACAUUGAGCAGCGCAUCCAAUAUAAAAUUAUUGUAAGAAAAUACGAAGCGAUUAACAACAUUUCGCCAAAUUACAUAAUUGAACUUAAACACAUUUACCAACCUGGACGAUCUCUAAGAUCAGAAAGCAAGCAAACUUUAGUGAAACCAAACUUUAUAACUUCCCCGUAUGGCAACAGACAUUUAGAUGUGGCUGCAGCGUCCCCUGUAACUAUUUACCAUUGUAUCCCCAUUCGUGUUGAUCAAUGUACACUUUUAAUUUGCAUUUCGAUUUACAGAUUAUCAAGUGCGUAUAUUACCAUUCUACCUUAUAAAAUCCUAAUAAUGUAUGUAGUAAUAUUUAUUCAGAUUUUAAUUUUUUGUAAUACAUCUUAUACUCUUCAUUUGUAUUAUCUCUUAAGACAUUCAACUUGCUUUUAUUUCUUAUAAUGUUUCCAUGUUUUCAUUUUAUAUACGUUUUAUUCAUGUAUCUUUACAUGUUACAAAUAUUUAGAGUAAUUUUACUAACUGUAUGAGGCGCUUUAUAAAUAUUAUAUCAUAAUAAUGAUAAUAGUAAUGAUUUCAAACAUACACAUAUGGUAUGAAUAACAUAUAUUUGUAUUACUUAUUUUGUUCAAAUGACGUUCCCUGUGUUUUGCUUAGGAUUUCAUAUAUUUUGUAUGUAUAUACAUAAUAUACCGUAAAUAUAUAUUGAACAUGUUUUGAAACAUGAUGAUCACAAAAAAAAAAAACGGAGUACACAAUGUAUGUUUUUGAUAAUUUGUUUUGCAUGUUAUUAAUAUAAAUGAAAUGUUCGAAUUGCUCUGUGAUAAAUAAAUAUGUAUUUUGUGUACAUAAUUUUCAUGUUUUUCUUGUAAAUUUCAUGUUAAGUUACAUGCAAUAAAUUUUA